AUCCCGGUGAUUUCAGAUCCAAGAAGGUGGUUUUAUCCAUGGGAGCACCAUUCAAAGUCGAGAACUUUCACUUCGAGUAGUACUGCGGCUCCAACCCUGGAAUCUCAUUGCUGCGCGCGCGCAAAAAAACCCAUGAACUAUUACAGAUGGAUUAAAAUGUAUCUGAAACAAUUUUAAUAAUCGAUUGUUUUUGUAAGUACAGGGAAGCUUUACAUUUUCGAUUUUAUGAGCAUAUGUUAAACCUGCGAAUUAAUAUACUUAUAUUUAAGAUAUUGAAUCCAUUCUGCGCAAUGCUUACCUGGACAUUAUGAAGAGCAUUUUGCAUGCUUGGGAAAGUAUAGGCCUACAUUGCAGCUACAUAAUUCUGUCCGCUUCAAUUUAACCACUUGAUAUCGCGCGUGGCUAUCGAAAAAAACAGAAUCUUGAUAAAUCACCAGCGUACACGCAGCGGCAAUUACAUUUUUGACAAAAAUAUGAACCGGUUGUGUUUUGCAGUUUUAGUGGUUUUAACCAUUGCAGUUGUACGAAUGUGUGACUGUCGGAAGGACUCAACAGGUGGUGGACAGGAGAUGUGGGAUCAGCUCCGGGCGCGAGCUAGGGGGCAAGGUCACUCCGCAGGGGGAGCGAACGACGCUGACCCCGCCAGACCAUCCAGAGAAAGCUCGCACAGGUCCUCUCACAAUGUAUCGCACUCCGGUCGCGUGGCUCCAGUGAGCUCAUUAUAUCAACGAGAUAACAGGCACACGACGGUAAUUAAACCAGUUCCAGCUCCCAAUACAGAAGCUUCCCACCCGGCGGACGAUUCCACCGUUGCACAAGAUGCUGCGCGUAGAGCCGCAAGACAGCUCGGUACCCAUCACUCAUCACAGUACAAACACCGAAUAAUUAACAGAAAAAACAACAAAUCCAGCUCCACGCACACCAGGCGCCUUGCAGGGCCUAAUGUAUGUGGAGGUCACCAGUGCUGCUCUGGAUGGGCUGUGGCUUCUGGGACCAACCGCUGUAUAAAGCCCGACUGCCAGCCCCCCUGCCAGAAUCGCGGCUCCUGCAGCAGGCCCCACACCUGUGUGUGCCGCUCUGGGUUCCAGGGGGCCCGCUGCGAGGAGGCUGCCCCAGAGCAGGUGUACAUCCACACCGGAGGGUCCCUGAGGCGCAUCCAGCCAGGCACCAACCCCUUCCAGAGGGAGCAGCCCAGGAGGAAACCCACGGAGAGGCAGGCCAUAGACAAUCCCAGCCCUAGGGCCCAGACCCCUAGACCUGAGACCACCAGACAGUCUCUCCAGCCUGUGUAA